AUGAAAGAAACUUUCAUGGAAAAAGUGUCAGAACUUAAAAUAUUAUUGCAGCAUUUGGCCAGAAUGGGAAGUGAAAAUAUCAACAAUUCACAGACUUUAAGCAUAUUUGCUUUGAAAGCAUGUAAAGUGUACAGAAAAAAGAUUUCACUGAUGAUGAACUUCGCACAUCUUUCAAUGACUUUAUCAAAAUUUUUGAUUCAUAAAAAUGCAUCAGAUGCAACUCAAAGCUCAGCUUCCUCAGCAACAUUUCAUGGUGGUUGUUUAUUACUUAGUCAUGGAGGUGACAAAUCAUAUCGAUUUGUCAUCAUGCUUGAAAUACUUGUUUACGGUCAUUUACCUCUAGAAACGUCAAGGGAAAGUUAUUGA